UUUUGUGCCUGACUGCAUAUAACUUAGCAUUUUUUUAUUGUUAAGGUACACUGUACAGGUAUUCAAUUACAAAUACAGAAACCAUUAUAUUAUCAGAUUAAAAUGCACGAAUCUCAUCACAGCAUCUAAUUAAAAUAAAAUACAUAUGAUUUAAAGCAGGGCUCACUAUAUUAUUUUGAGUACAAAAUAACUAACGCUUGAUUACACAUUGUGUAUUGAUUAACCUUAGCACCUGAUCAAACAUUGAUUAUCACUGGUUAAUCAAAUCUUUACUUUAUGCAUGAAGCCAUUAUAUUUAAAUGUCCUCAUUUCCAGUAAACUCCGUGGUUCUUCUUUCUCUUCUUACAGACAGACACCUCUGUCUGGAUUUCCUCUAUUUCAGGGAUGUGUCUGCUGAAGUCCCCUUUUCACACACAGCUGUACACACAUACACCAACAAAAUUCAUGCAGUAUGAGUUGAUCCAGUCACUUCCGCACCAUGUGAGUAGCGGGAAGAGCUCAUUUGUUCUUGGAUGGAUCUUGCAUUGGCCGAAGCUUCCAUCCGCCAGAAGCAGCGACAGCCAGCGGGUGAAAACAACGGGACCCCAGAAAGGACCUCAGCGCCCAGGCGAAUUCAGCGAAACCUCCCGAAGGCCGAAGUAACAACCAGUCUCCGGCAGAGAGCUCAAAUCACCGCGAACAUGCCUGCAAACGUAUCGGUGUCUCUGUCGGUGCUGGCAGGGAUCGUGGCGCUGAGCGACGCGACCCGCAGGUUGCUGACCAGGGUCCUCGCAGGUACCGGGCUGUCGGUGUACGCGGUGGAGUUCGUGUCCACCUUCCAGCUCUGCUGCUGCACACACGAGCUGAAGCUGCUGUCCGAGGUGGGCGGGAUCGAGCCUCGCCUCGCGCUCACCUUUACGUACCUGGCGGCCGUGGUGCACGCGCUCACCUUCAGCGGGGCCUUCGGGAACCCCUCCGGUGCGCUCGAGCACGCCUACCACCUGAGGAUCUCUGGCUGGUGCGCCUUGCGGCGGAUCGCGUGCCAGUUCGCUGCGGCCGCUGCUGCACGAGCCUCAGUGCCCGGGGUCUGAUUGUCGGGACUGCACGUGCGACAUAAGCUGCUCGGUUACCGGUGCAUCAGCGCCAUUCACUCGCCGCUGCCCAUAGCAACCGCCGUGGAGCUCGCGUGCGCCUUUGCGGUUCAGACUGCUAUCACGCACACGCGAUCGGUGGAGGAGAAAUUCCGCGUGCACGCCGUAGCUGCGGUCAUCACAGCAUCGGUUUAUGCAGGUGGCCAUUUGACAGGAGCGGUGUUUAACCCAGCCUUGGCCUUCUCCACACAGUUCCCCUGCAGUGGAAACUCCUUCCUGGAAUACUGCCUGGUCUACUGGCUGGGCCCAUUGCUGGGUAUGGCGAGCUCAGUGCUGCUGUUUGAUAAACUCAUCCCUUUUCUGUGGAGGAAGUCAGCGUCUCUGCAUCGACCCCAGAAGAAGAGGAUGUGAGCAUCGCCGGACAGCAUUUCCAACCCAGAGCGCACGUGGACACUUCGUUUUUGACCUGCUACUGAUCUUAUCAACACUGACAUGCAUUUUUAUUUUUAAAUUUAGAGCUUAAAGUGUUUUCUUUACAAUGGACCAUCAUUACCCAGAUAGCAGAUGAUUUCUCCACAAGAGCACAUCUUAGAAAGUUUUUCUGUGAGAGAACUCAACAAGGCAUUCAAACAUUUAUAAGCUAAGAUUUUUUUUUAAAUCAGACUGAAUUCACAGAGCUGGUGAAAUAACAUUUACUUGCCUGUUAAUGUCAAGUCCUGCAUACAAGUAUCGUAGCUGCAAUAAUAUACUGAGCCAAGUAAUUUUUUGGUCAUGAUAAUUAGUUUUUAAACCAGGUUACAAAGUGACUGUAUAUAGUAUUAUUCAUAUGUGACAUUCCAGGGCCAAGCACAGUGUAGGAAUGUGCAGUACUGGAUGUUUUUGCACAAGUAUAAAGUUUUGGUGCCUUUGAAUUUUAACAACUGGAAGAUUAAACUGUUGGUAUCAGAUUGAUUGUGUUUGU